AUGACUUUUUGGGGUUGUUUGGAUGAUUUGGUUUGGAGUAUUACUCUAGAUCAAUUUUUAUUUGUUGGUGGUGAUUUUAAUGGUCAUAUUGGUGCGAGAGCAGAUGGGUAUCAAGGUGUUCAUGGUGGGUUUGGCUAUGGUGUUAGAAAUGACAACGGUUCGACGCUUUUGGAAUUUGUAACAGCACAUGAUUUAGUGAUUGUUAACUCUUGUUUCCGCAAGCGUGAUGACAAUCUAAUUACUUUUAGGAGUGGGGGACAUGCCACUCAAAUUGAUUAUCUUCUUAUUCGCAGUAGAGAUUUCAGAUUUGUUCAUAUUGUAAGGUUUUUCCAGUGGAAGCUUGUGCUUCACAGCACCGUCUUUUAG